AUGGAUCAAACGUUGCUGCUUUCUGUGCUGCUGAGUCAGCUGUGUUGGUCAGUGUCUCUGGACCUUCAGUACCACUUUAUAGAUAAGAAGAUGUCGUGGUCUGAGGCUCAGAGUCACUGCAGAGAGCAGCACACAGACCUGGCCUCAGUGAACGACAUGAAGGACCUGAAGAACCUGAAGGCUGCUGCAAACGGACGCACGGACGCCUGGAUCGGACUUCAUCAAACCAGUGACAACCUCACAGACAGGAAAUGGCACUGGUCUCAGCCCACAGUCAGAUACAAGGAAGGAGACUCUCCGUGGAAACAAGGGGAACCUAAUGAUGAUAGAGGAACUGAAAACUGUGGCAUGAUGGACAGUGAUGGCCUGUGGAAUGAUCAUUACUGUCGUACACCACAUUGUUUUAUCUGCUACAACGACUCCUCCAACACUACUGUCAUGAUCAAUGAUGCCACAAACCCAAGAACCUGGUUAAAGGCUCAGCAGUUCUGCAGAACUCACCACACUGACCUGAUGAGUGGACUGGACCAGUACAAACUGUUUCAGAAACAGAACCUUACGCUUCCUUCAAGGUGUUGGAUCGGUCUGUUCCGGGACACCUGGGGCUGGUCCGACAGAAGCGACUCCUCUUUCAGAAACUGGAACACAUGGCUGAACUUCAGUUAUUGCAUGUGUUCUGUUCUUUUCUUGUCCACAACGCCUAAAACUAACCUUAAAGGCUCGUUUGUCCUGGUGAAGGAGAAUAAAACCUGGGAGGAGGCUUUGAUCCACUGCAGACACAACUACCGCGACUUGGCCUGGUCCAUCGACAUCGAAUCAUUGAAGCAAGAGGUCCAGGCUGACAUCAGAGACGCCAACAGUGAGUUUGUGUGGAUAGGGCUGCAUUUCGCCUGCUUCUUCGAGGCUUGGGUCUGGGUCGACGGCAAGUACGUCCCUGAGACCAACGAGAACUGGAAGGAACGUGGAGGCAGCGAGUGUGGUCAUGUUGCAGCUGUGGAGAGAGGAGGAGACAAAAAGUGGGUCAAGAAGAAUUUUAUGGACAAAUACAACUUUAUCUGUAUGCGUCGCUAA